AAUUAAAGUUAAAUUAAGGAGUUUAGAAUCUAUUCAUUCUUAGUGAAGUUACCUUAGUUUUUCUAAACAUCUUUCCACAGGCUUUGGGGAAAGCUUCCCAGACUCAGAAUCAAUCUCGUUCCAUUACUAGGAGAGUAAAUGGUGUUUGUGAAACAGAGCUAGCUGUGCAGGGGGGGAAGACAGCAAAAGGAGAGAAGAUAAAAUGAAUCACAAGUCACUGACCAGGACUUUUGCACAGCAGUCCACUCACUUGCCUGCAACGAACUCGUAACUAGCUAUUGACCUUAGGCGAGUCAUUUAACUUCUUCAUCUGUUGCCACAGUAGCAAAAGUCUAUUGGCAAUUAUGACCCCGAUUAAACUAAGUGCUUUAUUGGUAUUAUCCCUUCUCAGAGCAGCCCUCUGGAGUGCAUAUUGUUACCCAGGUUUACAAAUGAAGAGCCUGAGCUUUGGAGAGUGGUUCAGUGGCCUAUCCAAGGUCCCAGAGAUAAUGACUGGUGGGUGCUGCAAUUUUGUUUUCAUCUGUAGACUGAGACGCCAUGUAUCUCUCAGUCUGCUAUGCUGAAAUGGAGGAAAUGGAGGUGGAAGAGAAAUUUGGGAGAGGACGAAAGGAAAUGGAGUCAAUGAUUUAGGGGUGAGAAGGGGUCGGGAAGCUCAUAAGGAACAGAAAACGAGGGGAGAGAGACAGGAAGGGUAGAUUAAGGUGGCAGGCAAUACCCAUCAGUAGGCUAUGAUCUAGAAAGUCUCUCCUGGGGUAGAAAACCCUGAGGUUUUAUGGCCUUUUGAAAGUCAUUCUUGGUUUCUGACUCUCUAUCAUUCCUUACAUCUCAUCAGUCACCAAAUCCCCGGUUCCAUUUGACUGUUUGUUCCCUCCGUGUCACCAGCUAGCAGUUGCCAUUUGGCUGGCCUGCACCACCUCUCACCACACUCACGGCAACCACCUGCUUCCACGCACACCAACCAAAGGGAUUCUAGCAUGGCAUCCAUUAUUUCUGGGUACUUCACCACAUACUCUAUAUGCGCCAAGCUUGAACUACUUGUCCCUAUGGUGGGCCAUGUUCUUUUAUUCCUUGCAUGGGCAAUCCUUUUUUCUUUUUCCCCAGAAACCCCCUCCUUAUCCUUCAAUCUUCACCUCAAAGAUCCUCUCAAGACUACCUGGCUCUACUCCUUUCCUAUGAAAUGCUUGACCUGGUUUUCUUCUUCUAAACCGAUAACGCCAAUUAGCCACAAGGUGGCAGCAUAACGCUAGGGAAUUAACUGCUUGACUCGAUGGCACCUGUUCUUUCCCUUUCGAUUGUAAACUCCAUUUAUCUUGGAUUGUGGAACUGUAGAACAAGAAGGGGCAAACUCUGCCGUCCAUUUGGCCUGGUGGCUUUCAGAAGCUGCGUUAAGAAGCCCCAGAAGCGCCUAGGAACUCUGUUUCCUGCUGCAAACAGGAACGUUUAAUUUUUACACCCAGGCCUUCAAUCUAGUGUAGUCCUUCAUCUGACAAGUGGGAAGCAGGAGCCCAGAGAGGCAGCUUGCCUGAGCUAGUGAGUCUGACUGUAGAGAUGCAGCUCAAGAGCCCAGGUUUAUAAUUUCCCAGUUCUCGGAGCUGCAUACUGCCGUGCCAUCAACGGUCUCAGGCUUACCCCACAGGUUGUGGGGGGGGAUCUUGGGAAAGUUUGAGGAAAAGAACAUUCUUGACUUGCCAUUUUGUUGCCUUGUAACUAUUCUGUUGGCAAUAAAUUAAUAACACAGAGCAUAAAAUAUUGUCAUGCAUAUGCUCUAUAUCCAUCUGAGAUAAGCUCCAUAAAGCUAAGGUCUGUUAUACUUUUCUCUGUAUAUCUUCAUAUCACCUAGAGUGAAUGUCUGCAUUUGGAACUCUCUCAUCUUCAUGCAAUACUGAUUGAGGGUUUGUCCAGUGCCGGGUGCAGGGUUCCAUAGCUUAAAUAAGGCUUGGUCCUUGCCCCUGGAAAAAGUCUAGUAAGAGUCUGAUGGGAGAGAGAGAUGUAAGUGGAUAAUUUAUUUUCUUAUGUGAUGAGUACCGUGAGUUAGGGGAACAAAGAAGAGGAAGCCAUGAACUUGGGUCUGGCUUAUCUUAGGGCACUCUUUUAUUUUGCUUCGUUUUAAACCUUCAGAAAGUUCUCCUUGCUGUUGUUGACCGCUUAAGUCGUCUGCCGGAAGGUAGGUGUUGGGAGGUGAGGUAGAACUCCGUAUUUCCUCCUCAACAUCGAAGAGAAAGGAAUUUCCAAAGUGGGGACUAUGUUCUUGGUCUUUAGUUUUUUAGGAAUAAAGCUGCCCAACUCCCCGGUUCCUCUCUUUAUUCGCCUCGCACUUCAGAUCACUUUCUAUGAGGACAAGCACUUUCAAGGCCGCCACUAUGACUGUGACUGCGACUGCGCCGAUUUCCACAUGUACCUGAGUCGCUGCAACUCCAUUCGAGUGGAGGGAGGCACCUGGGCCGUGUACGAAAGGCCCAACUUCGCGGGCUCCAUGUACAUCCUGCCUCGGGGCGAGUACCCCGAGUACCAGCACUGGAUGGGCCUCAACGACCGCCUCAGCUCCUGCCGAGCUGUUCACCUGUCUAGUGGAGGCCAGUAUAAGAUUCAGAUCUUCGAGAAAGGAGAUUUUAAUGGUCAGAUGUACGAAACCACUGAAGAUUGCCCUUCCAUCAUGGAGCAAUUUCACAUGCGAGAGGUGCACUCCAGUAAGGUGCUGGAUGGCGUCUGGAUUUUCUACGAGCUACCCAACUACCGCGGCAGGCAGUACCUCCUGGACAAGAAGGAGUACCGGAAGCCCAUCGAUUGGGGUGCAGCUUCCCCAGCUGUGCAGUCUUUCCGCCGCAUUGUGGAGUAAUGACGUGGAGGGGGCCACAAGCUUCUCCCGGGGGGCCAUGUGCUGGCCAGCCUUGUCACCCAAAUAGGCAUCAUAAAUAAAACAAUUGGCAUGCAUUCCA